AUGGAAAGUGAGUUGAAAUUUUCCUCAAAAAAAACCCUAGAAAUCCCUUUUUUUUUUUCUUGCAGAAAAUUCAACAGAUCUUCAGAAAAAAGAGACGGCCGAAGCGGCUGAAAAGGCGGCAAAAGCUGGAAUUAUGAAUCGAUUAUUCGUGAAAGUUGGACAAAAAGUUGGAGUUGUUGAGUGGACGAAAUUGGAGCCGAAUUUUGAGGUUUCAGCCAAAAAUUUGAGAUUUUUUUAAAAAUGGAAAUUUCUAGAAAAAUCUUCUUGCACAAAAUUUUAAAAUUUUUGAAAGCGCGCUAAAACAUCUACAGUACCCCUUGGAUUACUGUAGAUACAAUAAUUCAAAGUUUUCAAAUUUCUGUAGAUCAAAAAAAAGGUGUCUACAGUAACCCAUAAAGUUAUGAACUAAUGUAGAUCAAAAAGCGCGGGGAAAAAUCUACAGUACCCUUGGAUUACUGUAGAUACAGAAAUUCCAAGUUUCCAAAUUUCUGUAGGAAAAAAAAGUGCCUACAGUAACCCAUCUAGUUCUGAGCUAAUGUGGACCAAAAAAUGUACAGUACCCCUUGGAUUACUGUGGAUACAGAAAUACCAAAUUCCUGUAGAUCAAAAAAAUGUGCCACAGUAAUCCAUCAAGUUUUGAGCUAAUAUGGACCAAAAAAUGUACAGUACCCCUUGGAUUACUGUAGAUACAGAAAUUCCAAGUUUCCAAAUUUCUGUAGAUCAAAAAAAGGUGCCUACAGUAAUCCAUCAAGUUCUGAACUAAUGUAGAUCAAAAAGCGCGGGGAAAAGUCUACAGUAUCCUUGGAUUACUGUAGAUACAAAAUUUUUGCUUCGCAAAAAUUUUUUUUUUCAGAAAACAAGGAAUUUUGAGAAUUCCACGUGGCAUUUUUCAAAAAUUUCAGAAAAUCAUGUUUUUUUUUGGCAAAAAUCCACGUGGCAAAUUCGAAUUUCCAGAGCAACAUUGGUAAAUUGAUAACCUAUCAUCGAAUAGUUUUCAAAAUCGUCGACAUGUGUGAAGCUCAAAUCCAACUCGAUCCCCAAGUUCUUCAAAACGGCAAAAUCGAACAUCCAAAAGAGUCAAGUCCUUGGGAACUGAUUGGUGGUUGGUUGCGCUAUUUGAGCACAUAUCAUUUCGAUGGCGGAGCCGCAAAAGCAUUGGAAAGAUAUAGUUUGGCGAUUGGGAAAAUUGCGACAAAAGAGAGGAUUUCGCAGAAGAAGAGCCGCAAUCAAUUGAUUCGAAAAAUGCGAUUGUAUACUAGUGGAGAAUCGGAGAAAUUGAAUGAGAAUUAUGCGCAUAUCAAAUCACUUUUACAUGGAAUUGAUGACACAAGACAUCAUGUUAGUUUUUUUUUUCAAAAUUGUUUUCAGACAAAAAAAUUUCAGCUAAAAUCGGCAUCGACGAACAAAGAAGUUAAAGAAAGAGGAGAAGCUUAUAAAAAGAUGAUUUUUGCGUUCAAUGAUAAGGUGAGUAUUUAAAAAUUAGAAUAUGAAAUAAACAGAAAAAAUGAUUUUUAGAGCAGUGAAAUUCAAGGUUGUAUCGAUGAAGUUACAAGUAUUGUAAAAUUACAUCAGAUGGAAUUUAUGAAAUUUGCAAGAGAAAUGAUGUUAUUCAAUAAUAUUGUUGAUAAUACAUUGAAUGAGACGAGAAUUAGAUUGGCAACGGCUACUGAAAGAAAAUGA